AUGAAAAGCUGUGCGGAGUUUUGUUUACUCAGCUUGCUGGCUGGCUUGUUGAGCGUGUCACAAGCUGUAGAAUUUACAUUCGAUUUGGCAGAUGGGGCAGAGGACUGCUUCUUCGAGGAAAUCAAACGUAACACCACCGCCUAUUUGGAGUUCCAAGUAUCAGCCGGUGGUCAAUUGGAUGUUGAUGUAACGCUAAAGAAUCCCAAGGGUGAUAUUAUUUACGAACAGCAAAAGGCCACAUUUGAUAGCCAUCAAUUUGUUGCCGAUCUUGCUGGUGUCUAUCAGGCCUGCUUUAGCAAUAAAUUCUCAACGUUUUCACAUAAAUUCGUCUAUGUUGAUUUUCAAGUAGGCGAAGAACCUGCCCUGCCCGGUGUCGAUGACCAUGCCACCGUCCUCACCCAAAUGGAAACCUCAUCACAAUCGAUACACAAGAGUCUCAAUGACAUUUUGGACGCCCAGACACAUCAUCGUCUGCGUGAAGCCCAAGGGCGAAAACGUGCCGAAGAAUUAAAUGAACGCGUUAUGUGGUGGUCAUGUGCUGAAACAGCGGCCGUUCUGACCAUUGGUAUUGUACAGAUCUUGGUGCUACGUAAUUUCUUUACGGAUCGUAAACCUAAUCAGCAACGCUAUAGUCGUUUGUAGGAUUAAAUUAAAAA